AUGGAGGCAAAGGCAAUACCAGAAGUGGUACUAAACUCAGGGCAGAAGAUGCCAAGAUUAGGUUUUGGCACAGGAACAGUGCCAUUACCACCACCUCAUGUCCUCAUCCCUGCAUUCAUUGAAGCCAUCAAAGUUGGCUACAGGCAUUUUGACACUGCAGCUUAUUAUGGCUCUGAGGAACCUCUUGGCCAAGCCAUAACACAAGCCCUAGAUCAAGGUCUCAUUCAAAGCCGUAAUGAGCUUUUUGUCACCACCAAACUGUGGUGCACUGAAGCUAAUCCUGGUCUUGUGCUACCAGCACUCAAGAGUUCAUUACAGAGGUUGGGGCUAGAGUAUGUGGAUCUUUAUCUAAUCCAUUUUCCUGUGAGGCUGAGACAAGGAGCCAAAGGAACCAAGUAUGGCAAAGAAGACAUUCUUCCUUUGAACAUGAAAGGGACAUGGGAAGACAUGGAACUAUGCUCCAAAAUGGGUUUGGCCAAGUCCAUUGGUGUAAGCAAUUUUGGGGUGAAAAAGCUUUCAGAACUUAUGCAAAAUGUUAUUGUUACUCCUGCUCUUGUCCAGGUGGAGAUGAACGCAGCAUGGUCACAGGAAAAUCUGAGAAAAUUCUGCAAAGAAGAAGGAAUUCACGUGAGUGCAUGGUCUCCUCUGGGAGCCAAUGGAGCUGUGUGGGGCUCCCUUGCUGUUAUGGACAGUCCUAUUCUAAAAGAUAUUGCAGUCAAAAAAGGCAAGAGUGUGGCACAGGUUGCAUUGAGGUGGAUAAUAGAGGAAGGUGCAACUCCAAUAGUGAAGAGCUUCAACAGUGAGAGAAUGAGGCAAAACAUUGAAAUAUUUGAUUGGGAGCUGAGUGAGAGUGAUGCAGAGAAGAUAAAGGAAAUACCACAACACAGGGGUUUCAAAGGUGACCGUUUUGUCUCUGAAUUUGGUCCUUUCAAAACUAUAGAAGAUCUUUGGGAAUGA